AUGUCCUGGCGAAAACCAUUCAGCGAUCGCCCCGGCGCAUCUAAUACGGUGAUCGAAGACCAGAUCAAUUAUGGAGGAGUGCAGUAUGUUGGCGAAAGGGGAGGCAAUGAUGCGCCGCCGACGUAUCAAGACGCGUCUGGUGCUCCGGUCGAACACAAGUCGCCAUUGGGAUACGCCGUCGGCCCUGCGACGAUUACCUUGCUGAAUAUCACGAUGAUGAUCGGCGCUGGGAUUUACUCUACGCCGUCCUCGAUUCUGUCUGGUACUGGCUCGGUCGGUGUCAGUCUCGUCUACUGGACCCUUGGUUACUUGUUAUGUCUGUCGUCAGGAGCCGUGUAUCUCGAGUUUACAGCAUACUUCCCCAGUCGGUCAGGCUCAGAGGUCGUCUUCCUUGAACAGACAUAUCCCCGUCCGAUGUGGCUGUUCCCAACCACGUUUGCGGUCCAGAAUGUGAUUCUUUCGUUUGGAAGUGCCAACGCCACUGUCAUGGCCAACUACCUCAUCCAAAUUUCCGGCCACGAUGGGACCGACUGGCAGGUCAAAGGAACAGCCCUAGCAUGCUACACUCUUGCUACCCUGGCCCUGGUGUUCCACACGAAGUACGCAUAUUGGUUCUCCAACGCCGUUGGGAUUGUCAAGAUUUGUACCCUGCUCUUCAUUAUCCUCACCGGGUUUGUUGUUCUGGGAGGUAAUACCAAGGUCGAGAACCCCACGGCCAACUUCCACGAUGCGUGGUCAGGGAGCUCGACAGCUUCGGCCUACGGGUUUACUACUGCCUUGUACCGUAUCAUCUUCUCGUAUGGGGGUUACAACAAUGCUUUCAAUGUUGCCAACGAGAUCAAGAACCCUAUCAAGGAACUCAAGAUAUACGCCACUGUUGCUCUUACAACAGUGUAUGUGCUAUACAUGUUCGCGAACGUUGCUUUCUUUGCUGCUGUCCCUAAAGAUGAGCUGGCGAACUCCGAGCUCACCACUGCAAGCCUCUUUUUCUCGAAGGUGUUCGGAGACAGCGGCGCAGUGCGUGGGCUCAACUUCUUGAUCGCCCUCGCCUCGUUUGGAAACAUGAUCUCCGUGAUAGUUGGGUUAUCUAGGCAAAUCAGGGAAUGUGGCCGACAGGGAGUCCUGCCAUGGACUAAAUUCUGGGUAUCGACUAAGCCAUUUGGCACGCCGUUCGGACCGUACGCCGUCGUCUGGUUUAUAACCAUCCUGAUGAUUCUCGCUAUUCCAGCAGGAGAUGCCUUUACGUUUGUCAAUGAUUUGAAAAUCUUCCCAUCCGCUGUAUUCAACCUCGCUAUGGCUGUCGGUGUCUAUGUUAUUCGCUGGAAGCGCAAGAAGGCCGGCCUACCGGAACCUGAAUUCAAGGCAUGGCAUAUUGCGGUUCUCUUCAAUAUCCUCGUCCAGCUCUACCUCCUCGUGAUGCCCUGGUAUCCUCCCGCCGGUGGCCAAUAUGCUGGGGAUGUCAGCUUUUGGUACGCCACAUACGUUGUGACAGGUAUUGGGAUUCUUGUGGCAUGCGGCAUAUAUUACAUACUCUGGGCAUAUGCCAUCCCGAGAUGGAGAGGAUACACCCUGCGGCAGGAACUUGUUAGCCUGGGCGACGGAUCCCAAAGCAACCAGCUAAAGAAGGUUCCGGACGCAGAGCUCGCUGAAUGGGAUGCAACGCAUGAUGCAACCGGUCGCCUCAUUGACACUGCCGCUGAGGAGAUUCAGGUUCAGGAUAAGGCAGCCACGAAUUCAUCGGACACCUCGUAUAGGGCUACGAAAGGGCCCAAUACUACUGAGAGCACUACUUAUGUGUAG